CAGUCUAGCACGACAAGCGUCACUGAUAAUAUCAGGCAACAAGCGGCUACCCAGAUUUCAGUUUUAUUUAUCUGGAAUCAGAACCAUCUUUCAAGAUGAACAACCAAGUGAAAAUCAUGUUGUGGUGUGUUCCACGAAGCUGUUCAACGGCAUUUUCCAAAGCCAUUUCCAAACAGGAAAAUUCCAAGAUUGUUAUGGAACCAUUUGCUGAUUCGUAUUACUAUGGCGAGGAGCGCGUCAGCAGAAGAUACAACAACAACCCUGUGAAACCCAACUUGUCCUUCAGUGACAUUCAGAAAUCUCUUGAAAAUGACUACAAUGAAUUUUCUGUUAUCUUUGCCAAGGAUAUGGCCUAUUACCUGAGCAACCAGAUGGAGAGACUGAAUGAGGUGUUACCUGAGGGGUAUGUGCACACCUUCCUGAUUCGUCACCCCCGUAAAACAGUGGCCUCCCUCUACAAGACCUCACUCAAUGAUUCCACAGAAGGUUUUAAUUAUUUUGAUCCGGCUGAAGCAGAGUUCAAAUCUUUGCACGACUUAUUCUUCAAGAUUAAGGAGCAGACUGGAGAAACACCUUUAGUGAUAGAUGCUGCUGACCUUCUUGAAAAUCCAGAUCGCAUGCUUAACAAGUACUGCAUGAAGACUGGUCUGCCAUUCUCUGAGGAGAUGCUGAAGUGGGACCGUGGGGGUAUGUCAGACCUAGAGAAUGCAUUCCCUGGGUGGCAGAAGACGCUCAACGAGACAACAGGCUUUCUGAAGCCUCAGGCCACAAGCCCAAAGGAAGACCCGAAGUUGUCAGAAGCUGCAGAACAAGCCAUUCAUGACAACAUGGAGUACUACAAUACUCUGUACAGUUACAGGAUAUCAUGCUGAUCACACUGAUCAUACAUG